AUGCACGAGGUCAACGCCGGCCAGUGCUUCGCCACUGGCUGCAACGACCGCCCCAUCAGCCUGCUACUGGCGUCCGAGGAGAUCCUGCACGGGAUGGCCCUCCUGACAGCCGCGGACAGCGCCGCCCCCAAGCCGCCCAAGGCCCCCAAUGGCACCGCAAACCCCGCCACCCUCUUCCAAACCACCAACACAAUCGCCAAGUUCUACUGCACCUUCUCCGCCUCCAAGAAGGAGCCGCUCUCGCCCGUCAACCGCGCAACUGUGACCGCUUCCACAAACGCGAGCGCCGCUGCAGCAGCCGGCAACCUGCCUGGCCUGGCCACGCACUACCAGACGAUUGAGAAGGCUUUUGUCGCACGCUUCCUGCAGUACAGCCUCAGGAGCGCCUACGACGCCUCCAAGACCGCCUCCAAGGGGCUACUGAAGAAGUCUGGCGCCUGCCGCUCGCCCUGCCUGCGCCUGGCGCAGCAGGCUGCGGCGCGCACCUACUUCCGCGCCGCGGAGCCCAUCAUCGCCCGCACCAACCCCGACCUCGUCGCGCGGGCCAAUGCCAUCCUGACCGCGCCCGACCCCCUCAAGACGUACAAGGACCUGGUCCUGGCAUACCAGGCCAUAGCCACAGCCCUGGGACAGGACACCAAAAAGAUGCUGCUCAAGUGCAAGACAAAAUGA